CUCGAUCUGCAGCUUCGAGCUUCAUCUCUAUAAUUAAAAACAUUGGUUGAGGCCCGUUCAUUACCGGAGAAAUUAAGUCGCAAACCAAAGUUUACUCAAAAGAACGGAUAUCAUUUGAGAUGCAAUAUCACAACUGACUUAUACUGAGGGAAUAUUACCUCUAAAGCCAGCUCUCGGAAAGACGCAUAAAAAACAAUGCCUCAUUGAUAUCGAAACCUUCACGUCCCUAAAAUGAUAAAGUUUUAAGAGCUGACUCCGGUUACUUCCUUCGAAUACUGUUUAGCGUUCGGAAAGCUAACAAAGUAUCCUUCAAACGAACGAUCGUGUCAUGUUGACAGAAAUACCCUCGGAUGAAUCAAUUUGUUAUGGUAUCAUUCUCUCCACGCUUUCAAUCUUAACUCUUCUAGGAAACAGCUUGGUGUGCCUUGCUGUUUGGAGAUUAAAGAAUUUAAGAAGGUUGACGAACUAUUUAGUGUGCAGUUUGGCGGGUGCUGAUCUGUUGGUUCCUAUUCUUCGCGUGAUUUACAUCAAUAUUUCAGUUUAUGCUGGAAAAUGGGUGUUUGGAAUAACAUGGUGCCAUAUAUCCUCGAUGUGCGGCGUGCUUCUUUGUAGUGCUUCCAUCCUUCAUCUUUGCGCCAUCAGCAUCGAAAGACUUAUCGCAAUAAAAUGGCCGUUAUCGUACGACGCGAAAGUCACCCCGAAAAGAAUUGUCAUUGUGCUGAUAUACAUCUGGGUACAGUCCUUUGUGUUGUCCAUUUUCCCUACUUUGGGGCUUGCUGAACAGCGUUUCAACCCAGUCCUGGCAGAGUGUGAGAUAAACUGGCUUAAAAAGCCAACUUUGACAAUACUGUUGAUUGUGUUUUAUUUUUUUCUGCCGGUUUCUGUAAUGCUUAUUGCCUAUGCAAUUAUUUUUAAAGAAGUCCGCAGAAACAGCCGCAGGAUCUCUGCACUAGAGAGCGCUGGGAAUCAAGGCUCGCAAAACAAUGUGUUUAAAAGGGAAAUGAAGGCCGUUAAAACUUUAGCAGUGGUCGUAGGUAUGUUUUUUAUCAUGUGGAUGCCUUACUUUGUUACCACAACUAUUCGAGCUUUCAGAGGGGAUGAUUUGAUUCCAGGCGCACUCCAGAGAACUGUUAUAACGCUAGCGUACGGCAACUCAUGCUGCAAUUUUGUAAUUUAUGCGCUAAUGAAUGCUCAGUUAAGAAAUGCGUUUCAUCAUAUUUUGAAAGAGUGUUGUGGAAAGCGUGGAACGAGGAUAGAUUUGAAUUCCACGCGAGGAUUGAACUUGACUACUGUAAGUACAAAAAGGCGAACUAAAGCACCUAUGGAGGACAAAGAUAAAUAUCGAAGAGACUAAAUAGAAAGAUCCUGCUUUAGUGCUCAUGAAUAAUUGUUUUGGUUUAUAUCAACAUGAACCAAACAAUAUAGAUAACAAAAAAAUUAGUUUAUUUCUUUCAACAUACCGAAAAAUGGUCGGAAGUCAUAAUCUUGACAUAUUAUUUUGUCUGGUCGGCAGCUCGAAGGCGAGUUGUAAUUGCUCGUCACACUUCCAAACUAGCCAAUUUAGCGCACGAAAAACACUAUUCAUCUUUGGUAUAUACUAACUAGUGGUGUCCAAGCAUUCCGGGCGCUGCUGAGCAAAGGGUAAGGAAAAGUUGAGUUGUAACUUAUUCAAAAGAGGCAUAUCAAGUACGCGCAUAUUUAUUGACAAUUAAAACUAACGUAGUGUUUUAAAUAUCGUUUUAUCUGUGCUAGGUACUAGUUUUAAAUAAUUGAUUAAAUGUUGAAGCAUUAAGAAUGUAUCGAAAAAGUUUCUGCAUAAAUAUAAUCUAGGCUAGAAUCGGUUUACAGGACCGCUCUAUUCAAAGAGAAUCAAGUGCUGAUUUUUCUGAGACUUGUCCUUGAAUUUUUCUAAUUUCAUUAAAGUAAUGGAUAAAUUUCGAUUUUGAAAUAUCUAUAUUUUGAUGAGGGCUGUGACAUAUUAAUACUGAUCAUGAGGAAUGAUAUCAUACAUUAAACUUACUAUGGAAAAUCUGAUUGGUCGAAAGCAUUUAAUCAAUACACAAUAAAUAAAUAAGAAAAGCUGCAGUAACUGUAGCGGAUAUUGCUUUUAUUAUGUCAAGUUCAAAGUCUGCCUCGUCCGUGAAGUGUUCUCAAACUUUCGCAAACUCAGAGAGGAACUCAAAAUGAGUGAACAAUUUUAAAAAUGUAUAAAGCAACAAUUAUUGAAUUCGAUUUUCGCAUGGUUAUCAAACCUUGUGUCUGUGUUAUCUGCCUCAGCCCUCGGCUUUAGCAGAUAGCUCAGACCUCGGUUUUGAUAAAUAAACAAUAACCUCCAUUUGGCUCGGAAAUAAGCACGGAUGUGUCUAGGGACGUUAUCUGUUCCGAGAUGCGAACAGCUUUCGGAGAGCGAAUCUCAAGGAAAACUGUAAACUUUGAGGCAAAGAUAAAUCCCGGCUAAGGACCAAUACUUGAGCAUGUUUUUGCGUCAAAUGGAGGCUAUUGUGAUGAUUAUCCUUCAAAUAUUUUGGCAAAGCGCGGGAGAAAUGUUUU